CCGAAUCGCCGAUGGAAUCUUCCCGGAAAUGGCUCAUGGACCCCAUUUCGGGUCGCGAAGCCACAUCACCCCUGGGAAAGCUGGACAGGCGAGUCGAUCCGCCCCAACUAGCAGCAGCAGCGCCUGUCGUCCUCUCGGACGAGAUAACGGUGGGGAUGACGGCGCACCUCCACUGGAUCAUGGCGCGGCAGUAACGACAACAGGGCAUCAACCGGAGGAGGCACACGAACCCGCUCACAGUUAAGCUCUCUCCCGUCUCCAGCAGCCGUGUUUGGGGCGGGGUUUUUUCCAUGCUGCUCGCCGCACGGAGCCCACCAGAUGCUCGUCGAUAUGCUUCACUUGGAUCACCCUCUUCAGAGUGGCCCGGGCAGCAGGCAUGUUUGCUCAUUUGGCAAAAUGGCAACGCCCAUCUCAUAUCUAUAAGUAAUCCACGGCAGCAAAAGCGUGGAAGGAAGCAGUCGUGUGCUCUGAACUUUCUUUUUGGGUGAAGUUGUGCCAUCGGUGCAACUUUACCGAUAUUGUUGAAGAAAAAGCAGGAUGCGCUUAACCGGGCCUUGCAGAAGUUGAAAGAAGAAUUAAUGCUUCUUGGAUUUAUCUCCCUUCUGUUAACUGUCUUUCAAAGUCUUAUUAGCAACAUAUGUAUCCCAAAAAGUGUUUCGUCUUAUAUGCUUCCGUGCAAGGUGGAGAAAUCUACCUCAGUGCAAGAAAUCUAUCAUGGUAUGGGCUUCUACUAUGGACAUCGGUGGAACAAACGGAGGCUAUUGUCCAGUGGUUCCAGUUCUGGCUUCUGCUUGAGUAAGGGCAAAGUUCCAUUGUUAUCCCUUGAAGCAUUGCAUCAACUGCACAUCUUCAUCUUUGUUCUUGCCGUUGUCCAUGUCGUGUUCUCUGCUUCUACAAUGGUACUGGGAGGAGCUAAGAUUAGAAAAUGGAAACAUUGGGAGAAUGCAAUUCAGGCAGAAAUUUCCAAGGAAGAAAUUCAGAAGAAAAAUGAAAGUAAAAUAGAGCAAAAUGAAAAGGAACACAAUGUCAAGGAAUAUGAUGACAAGAAACAUGAACCUACUGAGCAAGAUGUGCAAACACAUAAUCAUCACCACGAAUUUGUCAAGGAGCGAACCUUGGGUUUUUGGCAACAGCUGGUUGUUGUGAGCUGGAUGAUAUCAUUCUUCAAGCAGUUUUAUUCUUCAGUGUCAAAAUCAGAUUACAGAGCAUUAAGGGCAGGAUUCGUCAUGAGACACUCUUCAAAUAAAGCAUAUGAUUUCCACAAGUAUAUGAUGCGUGCUCUUGAGGAUGAUUUUAAGAAAGUUGUUGGCAUAAGUUGGUAUCUUUGGCUCUUUGUUGUCAUCUUUUUGCUGAUGAAUGUACAUGGAUGGCAUACAUACUUUUGGUUGUCUUUCUUACCUCUUAUUCUUUUGCUUGUUGUUGGCGCAAAGCUGGAUCACAUCAUAACUAAGCUGGCUCUUGAGCUACAAGAAAAGCCUCGAGGUCCUAAAGGAGAAACACAACAUGUGAAGCUAUCUAACGAGCAUUUUUGGUUCAAGAAACCUGGAAUUGUCCUUUACUUGAUACAGUUCAUCUUAUUCCAGAAUUCUUUUGAGAUUGCCUUUUUCUUCUGGAUCUGGAGCACUUAUGGAUUUCACUCAUGUAUCAUGGAAGGUUUGGGUUACCUCAUUCCAAGACUUGUCAUUGGUGUUAUCAUUCAGGUUCUCUGCAGCUAUAGCACUCUUCCUCUGUAUGCCAUUGUCACCCAGAUGGGUGAGGGGUUCAAAGAGUCUAUUUUUAAUGCAACCGUCCAGCAUACACUGCAUGAUUGGGCAACACAAGUUAAAGAAAAAAGGAAGCAUCAAUAUGGUUUUCUGUCAUUUCUGAAUUUUCAUCGAAAGGACAAGAAGAAUAACAAUGAGAUUCAGAUGCAGACCUUGGCAUCCAGAGCCGCUGAAGCAUCUCACGGUAUUCAGCAAUCAGCUUCCUUGCAAGAGAUUGUUGUGGAAGACCUACAUGCUGUCUAGCUCAGCAUCCUUUAAAAUUGAGUCGAUCUCAAAUGCUCCAAUUACUUGUCUCGAAUAGGGUGUAGGCCUGCGGAGGAAAAAUUGUCUGCAUUUUCCAUGAUGUUUCUCUUCAAUAACAUGUUUCUUUUGACCACCUGUCAGUCAGAAAUGAUCUAUUGGUACCUGACAAAUAUUGGUUACCAAAUAGUUGGUGGUUAUGAGCAAACUCCGUUUAUUUGCUGUUACAAUUGUACCUAAGUCAAGACAUACUGGUUUUGCAAAAAAGCUUACAGCUGGGCUUUCAACAACUACAAUCCUCCCGUUUGAGAGAUACAGCUGGAUUUCUGUCCUGGACUGAAGAAGUGUGUUAUAAAAAACAUGUCUUCUCAUCUU